AAACGCGAUGAAUAAUAAGUUGUUGUUAAUUUUGAUAUUGGUUCGGGUUUGCACGUGUGUUUUUACUCGACUGAACCAUGUUGAUAACACGGUCACUACCAUGAUCACAACAGAUUUCUAUAAUACCACUGAACUAACGACCGAAUUUGAAUAUAACGUGUCUACCUCUCCCAAUACGACUGACUUUUCAACAAUUAAAACUAACGAAACCGUGAAGUUCACGAAUAAACUGAAUUUCGAGAGUGACGUAGGAGCGAGUUGCCUGUGCGAUCUCCACGUCAAAGAGUGCGACAUAGGGUGUUGUUGUGAUGAAGAUUGCUCCUACGAGAAGAAGAAAAUCUUCGAACAAUGUGAUGAAAUCGCAAGUGUCAAUGUCGAUAGGACUUUCUGCCAGUACCUGGAAAAGGAUUACGUGAAUUUUACGGUUCACGAAUGGGAAAUUCAGAAUAACGAUUUUUUGUGCGUGGCGAAAACGAACCUGCCUCCGUCGUUUACUCUGCAGAGGGAAAAGCCUUUCAGAAGUUAUACAGAAAAAGUAUUACGGGUGAAAACAGAAAACUUCUGGCCCAAUAAUCACGUUAAAACUCGCACAGGAGUAAAUUUUUCUGAACCUUAUAUUCAAGGAAUUUCCAUUAAAUAUGUUGUGGAUAAUUCAACACUGGAUAAAUUUAAACUGAGCGAUACCUUCUUUGGAAUCGGAUGUACCUCUCAAAGUGAGAUCAACUAUCUUCACGACUUUGAAAGUCAGUGUGUCCAUGUGCUGAAUGAGAAUAACAAUUUUCUGAAACCAGAUUUCUAUGAGUCUAUUCUCUUCAUUGCUCAACCAGAAGAAUUCAAUAAGACUGCUUUUAAAAAUAAGUUCUUGACAUGUCCAGAACCUAUCUGCUUGAGACCGAAUUUGAAGAUAUGUACUGAUGUUAAUUUACGAGAUUGCAAAGAUGCUAAUAAAACAAAAAUUGCUUUUGGCUGUGACGAGGAACAAAUACAUAUUAGUUGUCGGAAUAUCGUCGAUUCCCUCAAAUAUACCAUCCAUCACAAUGGAGUCGAAGGAAUCAAAAACAUUACCCUGCAGAUACAUGUAUCGAACGUAUCAUGCGGAUAUGGCCAACAAUACGAAAUAAAUCAGAUUUCGUCGGUCGAAUACAAAUGGGCCGAUGUCGAAACGAAUUAUUCCAAUAUUUUAAGCGGGAAUCCGGGAUACCUGAUUGGGAAACCGAUCCUAGUGGGAAUUUUAGUCAACGGUACGAUCUCGAGAGACGCCCACCAAUACCGAGAAAACUUUUUGGUUCUUCCCCAAGAGGACAUGGGAAUUUGCGAAGUUGGAGAACACUUGUAUCAGCCGAUAGAGUUCGGUUACAGUACAGUUUUGUUAUGUAAGAUUAAGGGGUCGCUUCCUGUGCGAAAUAACUCGAAACCCGUCGACAUUUGCAAAAAAUUGCAGACGGAUAUUUUUGAAUAUUGGAGAAUUGUAGAUACGAAUGGGACUGUUCUGAAUAGAACCUACGGACUAUUUGGCAAUGCGAAUUCCUCGAUUCGCGAAGAGUGGGGAGAUAUUCUUUUCGAAAAAAAGCCGAAGGAAAUUCUGGAUAAAAUAACCGGUAGAAUGUGGAACAAAAAUAAAACAUUGAGCUGUCGUGGAUUAGUGUUCCAAUUGAAUGUGGAUAUUUAUCAUGCUAAAGUAGAUGUCAAAAAGUUAGUGGACCAAGAAAAGAUUCUGGGGAUUAUGAAUCAAUUUCACUUGUCCUCUGGAGAUGAGUCAAGUUUCAAUAUCAUCAAUCGAACAAUCACGUAUGCGUUCGAUUUGGAUACAAGGGUAGCCUUCUAUGAUAUUACAUCUCAUAAAUCAAGAAUUAUAGUUGAUGCACCUUCUCUAAAUAUAAAAUUACCAUCAGAUUUUUUUUACCCUUUCGUUAAAAUGGGAAAUUCUGGUUCAAUCCUCACUGUACAUAACUUUUCAUUAAUUUAUUUUUGUAUUUAUAUAAUUUCUCUUCACUUCUGAUUUGAUGUUGCAUGAGUUCUAGUGUUAAUAAAGAAAUUCAAUACGAAGUUUUAUUAUUCAUUAUCGAGAGUAAUCGAAUGGAAUACUCAAAUAAGAAAACUAUUAAGAUUUAUUUCCUGAAUGAUGGAACUCCAGAACUCAAUAUAUAAAAAAAAGACUUGCCUAACAUAACAGUACUAGCUCUUGGUAUCAAGCUUAUUCAGUGGUAAGGAGGUGGAUUUGCUCGUGGAUUUGUAAGUGUGGUGAAUCUAUUUAUUAGGUGCCAAAUUCCUGAAUUUACCAAAAGUAUUGCUACUAAAUAAUAUAUUGCAUAUUUAUUUAGGUAGUACAAAUGGUGAAUUAUCAUACAUUAAAGUGGCAUGAAUUGUCAAAUGUUAAUGCUAGAUGUAAAUAAGAGAUAAUUACACACAUUAAGUAAGGGAGAAAAUAGGAAAAGGGAUUCCUCAACAAAACCAGUGGCGCCUCGCUUGAGCUCAGGAAAAAGAUCACUAAUGUGCAAAUCUCACGAAAUCUCAACAUUAAGCGCGUUCGGCAAUAGCAUCCGAGAGCGGACGGAUAUUUUAGUCACGUGACCGCAGAUUUUACAGAUACAAGAUUUAUCUGAAAUAAGCGAACGGUACAGAGCAUCCUGAGCUUCAGCUGUUAUGUCAGUUCUUUGAUAUAUGCAUGUGGCGCCCCUCGUGGCUAAAUGAAAUGAAAUCAUUAGUAAAACAUAAUCAAUAUUCAUAAUAUACACUUUUACUGUCUUGCCUGCUGAAGAGGCGUUAGAAAUUUAUGCUUUUUUAAAGUAUACUAAGAAGUUUUGAGUUGAUUUUGUUUUCAAUAUUGAAAAAUAUGGAAAAAUUCUGAAGGUAUGGACUUUAAUAUUAUUAAUUAUUUACUGCAAGAAAUUCACAAAUUCAUUACUAUGUAGUUGGUUGCCACAAUUCAUAUUACAAUAAGAAAAAGUAGCUCGAGAAAGAAGGAAAGAUAUGGAUUAUUAGUGUGAGAAGAGUUUGAUAAGAAUAUUUGAGAAAUGAUAGCAAAUGUCUCUCAUCUAAAACUUAUUGUAUUGCUGAUCAUAUUUUGAGAGAAAUGGCAACCUGAAGUAUUCCAUAAAAUAUGCAGUGCUCAUUUUGUGUGAAACGUGAG